AUGUUACCAUUGCCAUCAUCUACCUCGAGGAGAGCACGAACUUAUUUCCCUUCACUUCCACCUGCACAUGGUAAUACUUCUUCGGGACAAAUAUUACAAACCCUACGAUCACGAACUAGAUUAACCAAUCUUGCUGUAUUCUUAUUAUUACUUGCAUUAUCAGGAUCAUUGAUACUGAAUGUAAAUCAUAUUUUAUCACCUUCGACAAUAUCAACAUUCCGACCCUCUUCUUCUUCUUCUUUCUCGAGGAAUCGACUAAAACAUUCGGGAGGGAAUGGGAAUGGAAAAGGAGGAUGGGACGAUUCAGCUACUCCUUCACAGAUCGAUUCAGGUAUACCAUUAUCAAUUGAAACCACUAUAGAAAGAGAUACGAGAUACGAAGAAUUGAAUCACCUAAUAAUGGUUCCAGGACAUGCUAUUUGGUUAGGUCACGAUCCGACAAAAGCGACACAGAAUGAUGAUUGGAUAUUAGAACCCAUGCAGAAAAGUGGAAGUGUAAAGACUUAUAUCAAACACAUCGAAAGGGGUGUGGAAGAGUUAAAGAAGGACAAUAAAGCUUUAUUGGUAUUUUCUGGAGGAGCUACUCGAUUACCUCCUUCACCACCGUUACCUGAAGCGUUAUCAUAUCACAAUUUAGCGCAUGCACUAUCCCUUCUCCCUUCCACGCCUCUACCGACAGAAGAAGGAAACUCGAAAUCUCCCCUCCCAUUGAACCUCAGAGCAGCUACAGAGGAAUACGCUUUAGACAGUUAUGAGAAUCUGUUAUUCUCCAUAGCGAGAUUCAAGGAAGUUACGGGAAGGUAUCCUGGUAAGAUUACAGUCGUAGGAUACGGAAUGAAGAGGCGAAGAUUCGUCAAUUUACAUAGAGCAGCAUUAUCGUUCCCUUCAUCCAAUUUCACUUAUAUAGGUAUAAACGAUCAAGGUGAUAUAAAAGGACAUUAUCAAGGUGAAUUCAAAUAUGGUUUUAAACCUUUCAUCUAUUCACCUUCAGGUUGUCAUCCGCCUUUAUCAAUCAAAAGAUUGGUCAGAAAUCCAUACAAAAGAUAUCAUCCUUAUCAUAUAUCGAAUCCUCAUUUAAUCGAUUUAUUCGAAUGGUGUCCCAAUCAAAAUUCAAUAAUACAAAACAUCAAUCAAGAUCAAAAUCAACAAUCAAAACUACCUUUCCUCGAAGAUCAUUUCGUUCCAUCAGAUAAUAAUGAUGACAUUCAAGAUGAAGUUGGUCAUAAUGAAAGUGAUGAUAACGAAUACAUUGGUAUAAGUUUCGAUGGUCCGUUGCCUUGGACAUCAAACUUGUCCACUAUCAAAGAUGAGAUCAUGUGGGAUAGAGAAAGAGAUUAG